UGACCAAUGCAUGACAGCCAAGAUGGCGAAUGACAAUUUCGAUUUGAAUAGUAACAAGGAAAGUAGCAACUUUGAAAGUGAGAAAAAUGUCGAUUUGCUUUGGAAACAUGUUUCAGCUUCAAUCGAAAUGUUUCUUUAUGAACAUGAAAAACAACAUGGAGGUGAAAAGUUGAUAAAGAUAACAAAAUCACAUUGGGUUGCUGAUAAAGACAGAAGUCAAUGCUCAAACGUAAAUUGUGCAAAAAGUUUUUCGUUCACUGAAAGAAAACAUCACUGUCGAAGAUGUGGUGAAAUUUUUUGUUUUGAUUGCUCUGCCUUCACUCAGAGAUUGUCUUUUCUUGCUCAACGUGAUCAAAAUGGAUACUUGUACAAGGUUUGUGUGUUAUGUUUCAAUAAAGAAGACCAGACAUUGGGAAUAACACGCUCUCAUUUUGCUGCAUUUAAGAAAUUCAAAGUCUGGCAUAAAAAAUUGGAAGACUCUGCUGAUGAAGUAGAUAUUACAUCACUUAUAUCUCACAGAUUAGCCAUACUUACGAGCAAAUUUGACGAAUAUGUUAACAGCAAUAAAUUAAACGUGGCAAGUUUUGUGAAAUUAUCAUUUACUGUACCAACUUGGCAAAUACCCCAAGGUGGCUUGAAAAAUUCACGUUGCUGUAGUCUUUGCGCGAGAAAAUUUACCAUUUUUUGUUCUCUACAUCAUUGUCGAAUAUGUGGAGAGGCUGUAUGUUUGAAUUGCUCCAAUGAAGAACUACUUCUGUACUAUGAUCAAUUGUCAAGCGUUGCUUACUGGGCUAUUUUAUGUAUUGUGGGCUGUCCACCGUUGCCACCUGAUACACGCGAGUGUUUGAGAAUUUGCGCAAGUUGUCACAGUCAUGCAGUUCAUAUUCAAGUUGAGAAUCGCAUGAAAGAAAGAAGGCAAUAUGAGAUGGAGGGGUUAAAUAAUAUUGUCAAAAGUUACGAAAGACUCAACACAAUAAAACCGGAUUUACUCAAAGCUUUCAGUAGUUAUGAAAAAAUUGUUUCUGCGAUAAAAGAAGAAAAUGAUCUAAAUGCCAUUUUAGCAAAAGGAGAAAGUGCAACCAAAGUACUCGCCAAAUAUAAUUCUGAUACGUCAGAUAUGUUUAUUCAGUUUGCUAUUGAUAUGCAAAAUUUCAAAACGACGCGACCGAGAACAAUUUGUCAAGUUCGACUUGUUAAGUCAAUUGUCAAAGCCUCGCAUGAUUAUUACUCAAAAUAUUUUUACGCAUUCCGUGAUUUGCAAAGAAGCCUUGAUCAUAUAGUGGGAUACAGAAUUUUGGAGAAUGUGCAAUUUCAUGUUGAUUGUCAAACAAUAAACUGUACUUUUCUUGCUCUCAAACAGUCUGGCUUGGAAUGCUUGCAUAUUUGUAACAAAUAUCAGAUAAAAUCAAAUAUUGCAUCACUACUUGCAUUUUGUGAAGAUACUUCAAUGAAAGAUUUAAAGAAAAUAAUGGAAUCAUCAGGUCAAAACUGGGAAGAACAUGAACGAAAUACCCAGAAGUUUAUUAAAGAUCGCUUGGAAAGACAACUCUUCUUACUUAUUCCUGUGAAAGACAAGAAGACGGAGUUAAUAAAAAUUUCGCUACGAAAGAAAUGUGACUUGUUGUUAUUAAAAGUUGAGAGACAGUUGAUUGCCAAAGCAAGUGUUAAUCAGUUUCUACUCACAAAAAAUUCUCUGGUUAAAACUCGCGCUAAAAUAAAGAAACUGGAUUAGUGUUUUUUUGGAAGGAGAUUAUGUUAAUAUCUAUCUCACGAUAAGAUUGUGUCAAGUUAUUUUACAACUAAGAAAUCCCCAUUAAAGAAUGAUUUUGACUCA